AUGAAAAAAAGUGUUGAUAUCAUAGUUUUUGGUGCAACAGGUUUUACUGGAAAAUUUACUGUACUACAAUUAGCUCGUUUAACAAAGGAGAAAUACUUAGAUAUUAAAUGGGGUAUUGCAGGACGUUCCAAGGAAAAGCUAGAAAUGUUGACUACAGAAAUACAUAAUGCAGGUUUUGAUAUUAAAAACGUACCGGUAAUAGAGUGUGAUGCUAACAAUGAAGAAUCUUUGAAGAACAUGUUAAGAGUCACCAAAGUUGUUAUAAAUUGUAGUGGCGUCAAUAUUAUCCUAAGCCCAAAGAUCGUAAAAGUCUGUAUCGAAACAGGAACGCAUUACGUCGAUAUAUCGUCGGAAAUAUUUCAUAUUUUAAGCUUGUACCGUGACUAUGACAAAGUAGCAAAAAAUGCAAAUAUACUGGUGAUACCAUGCUGCGGUUAUUCUAGUUUACUCAUGGAGACCGCCAUGAUGUACUUAGAUAAAAAGUUUAAAGGUACCCUACAUUCAGUGGAAUGCUACGUCGAGAAUUUCUUACCGAUGAGCCUACCACCCAAAGCAUUAGUACAUAAAGGAACUUUGACGUCCCUCAUUCAUGUUUUAAUAACUUUUAAAGAGUAUCUAGCAUUAAAAAAAGAAAUUUUACCGAAAGCUAAUGAACCUGAAAAGGAAAAAAUUAAAAGACCAUUUUUCUUCCGCAACAACGCCCAACUUUGGUUUCCAUGGCCUGGAGUAGAAAACGAUACCGUGCUCAUGUCCCAGAAACAUUUAUAUGAAGAAAGUGGAAAAAAACCAUUUCACUUCAAUGCAUACACCACCUGUGAAAAGUGGUACCAGUUUUUAGUAAUACCUGCAAUGUAUAUUUUCUACUACUUGUGUUAUUUUAAGUGUUUUACUAAAUUGUUAAUAAAUUAUCCACGAGUUUUCACAUUCGGUUUAAUAUCAGAAAAGGGACCUACACAUGAAAUAGCACAAAAAAUGAAAUUUAGUUUUCUAUUAAAUGGCAAAGGGUGGGAAACAGGUGAUCAGAAUUGGGAACCAACGAAAACAAUCUCAGUCAAGGUGUCCGGCAAGGAUCCGUAUGAUGCAACAGGUUUUGCUGUUAUCAUGAGUGCUAUCACAGUAAUAAAAGAACGAUGGAAUAUGCCAACAGGAGGAGUGAUCAUGCCAGGCGCUGCCUUUUACGAGACCGUCUUAGUCGAACGAUUAAAAGAUGUUUUCACAUACGAAGUAUUGAAAUGA